GCCAGAGGGGUUAUCGGAUGUCUGUACUGGUGUCUACUCCACACGGCCGACUCUUCUUUGGACUUGGUGCAUAAUUUUCAGAUUCUGUACCACUAACCUACCUUCUUAUAUCGGUUCGACAUUUCCAUCUUUUUUCUCUCUGCUAUUGGCAUCAUGGACUCCCCCGCCGUCCCCGUCCCCUUCGACCCGCAGGAGCAGCCGAUUUUGGAGCGUCUUCUCCGCACCAGAGAUGCGCUCUUGCUGCUAAAGCAAGACAAGUCGUCCUAUAUCAAAUCUCGCGAUGUGCUCCCACUAUACGAAGAAGUGAUCUCAGAGGUGGAAAAGCUCAAUGCUGUGCGGAAGGAACAAGACCGCCGGCUGAUACACAACCGACUCGACUACGUACUCGACGACUGCUUUCAAUUGAUCUCGUUACUGUUCCUAACCGUGGGAAGGAACAAUGAGGCUCCCGCAGUAUACUCGCUUGCAACGACAGUCAAGCGCCUGCUUGACCACCUCGAAGAGGCUGGCUUUUACAGCUCAAAAGAUCUCAGCUCAAUCACGAAGACCCUGACCAACAUGAAGGAGACAGUCGAGCGUGGUCGAGACGCAUAUUCCCCAGCUUUGAUGACGCUCUUGGAAAGUCGACUUGAACAGUGCCAAUUGAAGUUGGAUAAGUUGCGGAGUGGCCUUGAAGCCAUGAACCCUGAGCUAGCACCCACCCAUGAGACCCUUGUUUCAGUCUUGCGGUCGACAGCGGCAGCUAAUACUCGAUCAAAGUUCUCCGCAACGGAAGUGAUCAAUCUUCGGAAGCAGUUGACGAAAAUCCAAGACACAAUGAAGGACGGUAACUUCGUUGGAGCAGAUGGCAAACCCCUAGAAGGGCAAGAGGGGGUCAAACAACUACUGGACCGGUGCUGGCGUUGGACCGAGAUUGUGCUGGAACGAGAGGGGAAGAUUGACGAGCGCUUCCGCGACCAAUACGACCGACUGCUGGAGAUUCGUAACCAGCUGGAUCGACUCUCCGUAACUCAGGCCUGGUCUCUUCGGGAGACCGACCUUUUCGGAUAUCAGCGGAAACUCGACCGUAUCGAUGAAGCUCGGGUCGAUGGAAAUUUCGUGGAUGCUGAAGGGCAGCCGGCAGAUCUCCAUGCGCAGCGUACAUUACUAUACCUCAUUCGGAGGAGCUACGCUUAUAUCUACGCACUUCUGAUCUCUUCGGAACCCGUAUCUGAGGCCUUGCUGCCAGUCUACAAUCAGUUGCAGACCUUGCGACGAUGUCUCCUGGAAGUCAAAGAGUCGGGAGGUGUGUCGAAUUCUCGAGAAUUGUACCCAUACAGUAUGAAGCUCAAUUCCAUUGACAACAUGCGAGUUGACGGCAAAUUCUACAUGGGAAACGACAUUCCCGAAGGACAGGGCAGCGUUAAUGCGCUGCUGGCUGAAUGCUAUGAUAUCGUAUGGGAGCUGCGGGCGGCUGUACCUGAAGAGGAAGAGAGAAACAGCGCUUAAUCCUCUUUAUAUUCUUUGUAUCUUGUACCCUUCUUUCGGUGGGAUGAAAUUUGGAGGUUCUCUCUUCAAUGUUUGCGAUUUUCUCCUGACAUUUAGUUCAGGCGUUUGUCUGGGCGCUUUUGGGAUGAUAUGACUCUUUAACAGAAAUGAUUUGUCACCAUUGUGCAACCUUGACCAGAGUAGCUGAUAUGAGUCCUAACACUACGAAUCUUCUCUUCAAAUACCUAAUAUCUACCUAGGUAGACAGAUAAC